AUGACGUCGAUUAAACCAAAAGUAAAUAUUUUAACGCAUUCAGAAGUUCAUAAAAAAAUUAUUGAACAUCCCCCGAAAAUCCGUCCAUAUGAAGAUCAAAUAGGACCUUACAAUCGAUACAAUAAUGAAAAUCACGAAAUUUAUUUAAAAAAGUUGAAGCAAUUUGAAGAAGCUCGUAAGAACUAUAAUAAAAUGAACGAAGAAACUUUAAAUAGUUUAAAAACUCGCUUACAUGGAUAUUACAUGGCGGCAUUGGAUUUGCAGUUUUUAAACGACGAAACAGUUGAAACUGAAGAAAAUGAUGUUCGGGAAGAAAAUUCAAACGGAGUUUUGGUUAAUAAACGUACCGUAAGAAAAGCACGUUAUGUACCAACUCAAGAUAAACAAGUUUCGUGUAAUUUGGAACUUUGGUUCAAACGCUAUUUGAUUUUGAAUAAAUUCAUUUGGGCUGUUAGAUUAGUGAUAAUAAAAAAUAGAUUAUUGAAAUCAUUGGAAAUAUUAAAGAAAUUAGAUAGGAAUGUUAUAAAAAAAUAUGAAAUUCCGGCAUAUUUCGGUAGCUACAAGGAUAUUUUUGAAAAAUUUAUUUAAAUUAAUAUAUUUGUGUUAAAACGGCGUUGUUGUAUGUUUGGGUGGGAAAUAAACGAGGUUU